UUGUAAUUUGUAAAUAUUUUCUGUUAUCACUUAUCAGUGUUAAACUGUGUUCGAAGUGAUUAUAUGAACACGUCUCUGGUCAGGGGGAUAAGAAAAAUAUUUUUUUUCAGUUGGUUCCCUCGCGCUACAAGUUAUACGGUAUGGGUGCCAGUGAGAAUAUUGGUUUAUGGUUUGAACGGUGAUGGGUGUACGCUGGCGGGCGAGCGCGCGGCGCUGGUGGCGGAGUACCUGGCGCGCACGGAGCGCCUCGCGCCGCUCUUCCCGAGGCUACCGCGCGCGCGCCCUCUGCCCCUCGCGUACCAGAGCCCUCCCAACCUGGCCCUCGAACUCACCAAAUCGAUACUCUACGAGAACAUCGACUCCAUAGAUUUGAAAACCCUAAAAUCUCUCAACUCCCAAAGCGAAUCGCUGUGGAACGGCAAACCGCAGCAGUACUUCGAGAGCAUGAAGUACGGAUCGGGCGAGGACGAGAGGGAGUUCGAGGAUGAUUCGCUGGCUUGACGCGAGCACUGGCCCACUCGCCCGGAGUAGUCACGUGGCACCGGUCACACGCCGUUUCGCAAGUAAAAUAGACUGUGUUAGACCUUUGAACGUUUUGAAGUUAUAUCGUGCAGAUCUUAAUCUCCGUUACACUCGUCUCCGAAUAGUAUAUCUGUGAUAAUUUCACACUUUGGAUUUGUUUACGACUCUUUAUCUAUUCUAAUUGAGUGGAAUCGUUUACGAUGAUUUGAUGAUUAAAAUAUUUAUUAAUUUAAUGAAUUUAUAAUGAUGUAACUAGUUCGUAUGUAAUUACAUGAAUUAUUCAAAAAUAACCUUACUUUCUGGUUGUAAUGUAAUCUAGGCAAAAUAUUUCAGCGUCUAUAUUAUGUAAGUUAAAAAUAACUCUUAAAUUACUGUAACCUUACAAUGUUUUAAAAAAUUGUGCGUAAUGGUAGCUAUUUAAAUAAAUUUUUGCAUUCCUAAGCCCGGUGGGCAGGUGUGAGUGAGAAUAAACCGACUGUAGCAAGGCUGUGAAAUGAGACGAAUGUCAUCGGCGCCGUGGAUUGCUGAGUUGUCAUAGAAUAUACGAUUACAGUGCGACGAAGAUAUCUUGAUUAUUGUUUCUGUUUUAAUAUUGUUUUAAAUUACUACAACUGCAGAGCUUAAAAUACUAAUAGAAAUUAGCGCUAUAGUUUGAGUUAAAAUGUAUGGUCGAGCUCUAGUGAAGUGUAAACCAAAGACUGUUAUGUAUUUUUAAUUCGUAACCUUGUAACAUAAUUUGGGCCCCCAGUUCCUUUAUAACGAGCCACCAUUCGUUUCGACAACAUAACUACUAAUUGUAUGCAGUUAAUAUUUUAAACAUUAAAUUAGAAUUUCGCUACCAUUUAGUGAUUACGUCUUAACUCUAACGUCAUGCAAACAAGUCAGUGUAUAGAGCCAAAGGCUAGCAUUCACAACGCCGAUCGACUGCGGGUGCGUUUAAUUAAACGGGAAUAGCUUUCUAGGAGUUAAAUAAGGUCUCUUUUUCUACACAUAGCAGCUGUCAAAUUAUAUUAUCAAAGCUAAGAAUAUUCCCGUUCGGUUAAAUCGGCCCCUAAAGUAUAUCUGUUACUCUGUUGGUGGCCUGCGGGUGUGUGUUAGAUAUUUAUAUCUGUUAAAGUGCGUCCAAUCGUCCAGCGUCGAUUUUGAGUCGAUCGCCUCCGAUAGCUGAUAGCCGGUUUCGGUUUACAUGUGUGGUUGUAGACUAAGAAGCUAUAGAGCUGCGUUGCCAGACUUCCCGAUUGUUUCGGGACGUCCCGAAUUUAUCAUCUAAAAUCAAAAUUAAGUGUCC